AUGGUCAGUGGAAAUAAAAAUCCUGAUCCCAUGAAAAUACCACCUAAGGACCGUGUGAAGAAAACAAAUAAUUAUAAACGAGCCAACAUUUUCUCAAAAAUAUGGUUCAUAUGGAUGAUGCCUACAUUUUGGCGCGGCUUUAAGAGGGAUCUCUACGAUUCUGAUCUUACCAAACCCAAAGAUAACCACCUAUCUGACAAACUUGGAGAUCGACUGGAGAAG